AUGCUGAUCUCGCCUCGACGAUCCCUGCACGUGCAUCUCUUCCCCCCUCUCGCGUCUCACAACAUUCCAGGACUACUCUCCCAGUCCGCUCAAUGUUAUCCAACGAUGUUUAUCACACUGCUCCUCUUCGCAUCCACCAUAGCUUAUGCUCUAGCAAGCACAAGCACAACACAUGACCCCAACACUGACCCCCUCGCCUACGUGAAUCCUCUCAUCGGAUCUACGAACGGCGGUAAUGUCUUUUCUGGCGCCUCGCUUCCAUAUAGCAUCGCAAAGGCCGUUGCUGACGUCGAUGGCCAAAACACCGCCGGGUUUGCGUCAGACAACAGCCGGGUGACAGGCUUCUCGGCCCUUCAUGACUCAGGCACAGGCGGAAAUCCCUCGCUAGGCAACUUCCCACUGUUUCCACAAGUAUGCGCAGACAGUGAUGAUGUCAACAGCUGUCGCUUUGGAAAGAGUGCUAGGGCAACCGGCUACCGUAAUGAGUCGGUGGUUGCGAGACCAGGGUAUUUUGGGUUGGAGUUGGAGAGUGGAAUUGUGGCUGAUAUGACAGUGGCCGCAAGGGCGGCGUUGUUUCGGUUCUCUUUUCCAUCUUCGACUUCUACUGAGGAUGGAGGGAGUCCGCUCAUCUUACUUGAUCUGACAGACCUCUGGGAUAGCCGGCAGAACGCCUCUAUUUCUGUCAUUGCUGAAGAUGCAAGGAUACUAGCCAACGGGACGUUCCUCCCGUCUUUCGGCGCUGGCUCGUACAGGGCUUACACCUGCGUGGAUUUUUACGGGGGCUUGGUACGCGAUAGUGGGAUCUGGGUGAAUGACCGUGCGGGCACGGACGUCCAAAGGUCGGGGUCAGCUACGCUUUCUCGUCGUCAUUAUGGGCAUGAGCCGCUGACAUGGAACGGUAGUAUAUGGGACUCCUUCCGAGUCCAACACCCACUGCUAACUAUUAUCGACCCAGAAACCCAGUCACGCAUGGUCCGAAGUCUCCUAGAUACAUACAAACAUGAAGGCUACCUUCCAGAUUGUCGUAUGAGCCUCUGCAAGGGCUGGACACAGGGCGGAUCCAAUGCAGACAUUGUCCUCGCGGACGCUUACGUCAAGAACCUUACCGGCCCAAUAGAUUGGUCGCUCGCAUACGAGGCCAUGGUCAACGACGCAGAAAAGGAGCCGUUGGAGUGGUCGUACGAGGGCCGUGGCGGGCUGCAGAGCUGGAAGCGUCUGGGGUACAUUCCGUACCUGGACUUUGACUAUCUGGGCUUUGGCACAAAUUCGCGGAGCAUUUCACGAACAGUCGAAUACGCCUAUAACGAUUUCUGCGUAGCGACUGUGGGACGAGGUCUUGGGAAAGGACAGGAGUAUGAAACGUACCUGGCUCGCUCUGGGAAUUGGCGAAAUCUGUACAAGAAAGACCAGACUUCGUUUGUUAACGGGACGGAUACGGGGUUUGUCGGAUUCUUCCAGCCAAGAUACCUCAAUGGGAGCUGGGGGUACCAGGAUCCUAUCGCCUGCAGUGCGCUUUCUGGCUCGUGGUGCUCGCUCACGAGUAACCCAUCUGAGACGUUCGAGUCAAGUGUUUGGGAGUAUCAAUUCUACGUUCCCCACGCCAUGUCGUCCCUGAUCCACACCCUCGGCGGCGACUCUGCCUUCACAUCCCGCCUCGACUACUUUCACACCUCGGGCCUAGCCGACAUAGGCAAUGAGCCAGUCUUCCUAACAGUCUACCAAUACCACUACGCAGGACGCCCAGCUCUCUCCGCCAAACGCGUCCACAGCUACAUUCCCAGCCGCUUCAAUGCCUCAUUCUCUGGGCUGCCAGGGAAUGACGACUCCGGCGCGAUGGGCGCAUUCACGGCCUUUGCCAUGAUGGGCCUGUUUCCGAAUCCCGGGCAGAAUGUGUAUCUCAUCACUCCGCCGUUCUUUGAGGAGAUUUCCGUAGAGAAUCCGGUGACGAGUAGAACGGCGACAGUCAGGAUCAGAAACUUCGAUCCGCGGUAUAGUAGUAUAUAUAUUCAGAAGGCGUGGUUAAAUGGAGAGGUCUAUGGGAAGAGUUGGAUCGGGCAUGAGUUCUUUACGGAAGGAGGAACACUGGAAUUGGUUCUGGGAGAAGAAGAGAGUGAAUGGGGAAGAGCGAGUGAGGACCGGCCACCGAGUUGGGAGGGAGAGUAUAACGGCGGCACUGCCUUUGGUUCAUUCUAA